GAGCACAUCAGGAUCCGAACCUGAGCACAUCAGGAUCCGAACCAGAGCACAUCAGGAUCCGAACCUGAGCACAUCAGGAUCCGAACCAGAGAACAUCAGGAUCCGAACCUGAGCACAUCAGGAUCCGAACCAAAGCACUCAGAAUGGCCCGCUCAGCGCGUGUCUUCUGCGGCGUGGUUUUCAUCAUCGGGCUGCUGAACUUCCCCGUGGAUUCAAAAAGAACCCGAGGGUCACAAGGCGCCAUUCCUCAUCCCGACAAAAACAACCCGAACGAGUCGGAGCAGCACCCGCAGCCUCCGCAGAGCGGCUCCGGGUCGCGGCAGAGGCAGGGCUCCUCUUCACCGGCCGACGACGUGCUGGAGUCCAGCCAGGAGGCGCUGCACGUGACGGAGCGCCAGUAUUUAAAACGGGACUGGUGCAAAACGCAGCCGCUCAAACAGACCAUCCACGAGGAGGGCUGCGUCAGCCGCACCAUCAUCAACCGCUUCUGCUACGGACAGUGCAACUCCUUCUACAUCCCCAGGCACAUGCGCAGGGAGGAGGGCGCCUUCCAGUCCUGCUCCUUCUGCAAACCCAAGCGUUUCACCACCAUGACGUUCACGUUGAACUGCCCGGAGCAGCAGCCGCCGACCAAGAAGAAGCGCAUCAAGCGCGUGAAGCAGUGCCGCUGCAUUUCCAUAGACCUGGACUGAAAACACGCAAAGCGCCUCGCGUGAGUGCCUCUCGUUUUUAUUCUCCGCGGGUUGGAUUGUCGCACAGCCGGGAGCACGUGCCGGUCUUCACCCGGGCACGCGCGCCACCUACGACCACAUUAAAGCUGCUUCCAUAUACGAUGACUCUGCAUUUGCGAAACAUGCUACACUUCUGUUCAUGCAGCUGAUGCGUCACAAACGCUGAACCCGAACUUGAACGUCUCACCAGAAGCAUCGCUGCACGAAACGCUGACUGAAUGUGCACGUUUUACGCACGGCCUCCUCACCCCCGUUUACGCUUCAAACACUCGCUGUGACAGGAAAACACUUGUGAUCAUGCGGUGUUUCACGUGUUUAUAUUUGUUUGUUCAACUGGAUGUGUCCACUGUGUGGAAUUUGGUGGAUGGACGGUGAUAUUUGUACAUUGAAAAUGUGAUUUUAUGUCUUUAUUUCAAGGAUCUUUAAAGAUUGACUCAUUUCUGUGAAUGUCGAAGUCCACCAGUAAAGAUUUUUAAAAUUUUUUUUAUUUCAUUGUUUCUAUAAAUGUAAGUUGGAUGCCUAUAGUUUAAAACAGAUGGCUUUAACAUCACCCAGAUUAAAUAGUUGUAACAUGUGAAGCCAUCUUUGAUGUAACCGGGUUGUUUAUUCGUUUGAUUAAAUUAUACAUGAAAACAAAAUAAACGGACGCUGGAAAAUUG